AUGCAUCCUUUUCUUGGGCCAUGGGAGCCUUGCAUCAAAGGCAACAUGGCGCAACCUGAUCAGUUCUCGCUACAGGUGGGAAAAUAUCUGUUUGAAGAAAUUCUCAGAAGACCUGAUGUUGGUGUGGGCAAUGCGCACAAUGGUGCACUGGAGAUUGAGGCGAAGCUGGGUACUCUGGUCGACAGAAAUACUGACCAGCGAGUGCAUCUGCCAGUCAUGAAUCCGGCCGUGCUUGACAGGAAUAUGUCUUCACGACUUCGAUUUGAGAGUCAUAUGACCGAAGCGCAUCACAAACGUUUGAACGAAUUCUUGAAUCAAGCGGUGCAAGAGUCAGCGGCACUACCUGGCAGGCACAGACUAGACUAUAAACACCGCUAUGAGAUUGAUUCAUUCGCGCAACUCAGUGCAGCUGGAUUUGAUGCGCUGCCUCAAUCAGCCUUGAACUAUCUCGACCAAGCCAGACAACCGCGAUUGCGCACGUCGAUCAAUGAACGAGCACAACCGGGUACUGAUCCUGUGAUUGCGCGCAUAGUCAAGAUUCGACUUGCCGAUCUGGAUAUAUUCGUUCCUGGGUCGCCGUUCGACUGCCGGAUCAGUAUCAACAUUGAGGUGGACAUGCACCGACCUGAUAUCAAUCCGGCAGCGAUCGUCGAAGGAGGAGACACAAAGAUUGGGGAGCGCAAGAAAGAUAGACUCAGCUACACGCAUUCAGUGUAUAGCGUGGAUCUGACCCAAGUCAAGAGUGCAGAUGGACGCAAGAUUCAUGAGCUUGAAAUCGAGGUGGAUGCCAUCAAGCUUCGUGAGCAAGCGGAGCGGGAAGCGGCAGGACAACCGAGCGGGUUUGGAGAUAUGGUUCAAGGAUUGGUCAACAACAUGUUUACGCUGAUGAGAGUGCCGUUUAAUUGA